CACUUCCAGCGGCUGAACGAGUCACAGCUGAGCUCCGGGGGCCACGCUCAAAGCUGGGCGGACGCGGCUGGCUUCAGUGGCAUCGGGCCAGGGGUGAACGUGGCCUAUGGUAGUCACUGUGCUAGUGAUCAGGAGUAAUGGCUUGUUGUCAAAUCCAGUCCUGAGGAAGGGUUGGGCUGGAGCUCAGGGUCUGUGCUGCAAGGAACUACUCCUUUGGGGAGGGGUCACUCUUUGUCUGAAUUUGGUCUGACAGCAGCCCGUUCAGGGCCCGUCAGUGACAUGGAUAACGGGGGCUUUAGGAGACAAUUCGUCUCUUAACCCCCUCGUGGCAGAGUACAAUUCUGAUCAGUCUUGCCAUGCUGCCACUGGGAAUCCCUGUGUGUCAGGAGGACUCUCCCAGGGUUUUAUGUUGCUCUGCCCCACUCCUGUGGAAUCUUGAACGUUUUCUCCCUUCUGCUGUGGCCUUGUCUUUCCGAAUCUCCAGUGCAGAAAUGGACAGCACCGGUCAAAACAAUCUGAAACGGAAUAAAUCUGAGAAGAAAUUAUUGAGGAAACAGAUCAAGGCCAGAAACACUUUAAUGAGGCAUGAGGGCAUCGAGUGUGUAUCUCACACCACCCAGAACUUGGUCGUUGCCAAUGGAGGUCUGGGUAAUGGUGUGAAUAGACACCAGCUGCUCAGGCUAGUAGAGGAAUGUGGAUUGGUGGAAGCACUCUUAAUGCCUCCAAAUAAACCCUAUUCAAUUGUGAAAUAUGGGUCGACAGAAGAAGCCAAGAAAGCCUAUGACACUCUCAAUGGGAAAGAGAUAACACUGGAGGACUCCAACCAAAAUGUUACUCUGUAUGUUAACUUUGUGGAAAAAGUGCAUUGGGAGGACAUUAUACCUAUUAGCCUGCCUCCAGGCCUGAUGAUGAUUGAAGAGCUCGUGUCUCCUGAAGAAGAACAAAAGAUGUUGGAAAGUAUUGAUUGGACAGAAAAUGAAGUCAUUCAAAAUGCCCAGAAGUCUUUAAAACACAGAAGGGUAAAGCAUUUUGGAUACGAGUUUCGAUAUGAUAACAACAAUGUAGAUAAAGAUAAACCAUUGCCUGGAGGGCUCCCGGAAAUUUGCAGCACGCUUCUGGAGAAGUGCUUGAAGCAGGGAUAUAUCAAACAUAAACCUGAUCAGUUGACAAUAAACCAGUAUGAACCUGGACAAGGAAUUCCUCCUCAUAUUGAUACUCAUUCUGCUUUUGAGGAUGAAAUAAUCUCUCUCAGUUUAGGAGCUGGGAUUGUAAUGGAUUUUAAGCACCCAGAUGGCCGUACAGUGGCGGUUAUGUUGCCUGAACGGAGUUUGCUGGUGAUGACUGGAGAAUCCAGAUAUCUGUGGACUCAUGGGAUCACGCCUCGAAAGUUUGAUAUCGUUCAUGCAUCUGAGCGACAGAAAGUUGGAUCAGUCACUCCUGAUGUUGGAGAUUUGACAUUAAACAGGAGGGGAACAAGGACAUCGUUUACUUUUAGGAAAGUGAGGAGAAGCCCUUGCAAUUGCACUUACCCUUCUGUAUGUGACAGUCAGCAAGGCUGUCAAAGAGAGGAAGCACCCUCAUUCCAUGACAGUGAGACAGAGGCCUCGAAGCUGGAAGAAGAGUAUGUACACAAGGUGUAUGAAGAGAUCGCAACACACUUCAGCAGCACCAGGCAUAGUCCAUGGCCCAAAAUUGUUGAGUUUCUUAGGACUUUACCAAAAGGCUCUAUAGUGGCUGACGUAGGUUGUGGAAAUGGGAAAUAUCUUGGAAUCAACAAGGACUUGUACAUGACUCGUGAGGCUUGAAAGCUCAAACUGAGGAAGCACCUCAUGAAAAAAGCCAUGAGACACCCCAGUAGGAUCCAGGCUGGGGACACCUCACCCCCAUACACCGGUCCCUACCAACAGGCAGCAACCCUCCAGGCAUGAACUCAGGAGAUGAAUCUGCAACUUCCAAGCCUAAAGAAUCCAAGGCUUCUCAUGAGUGUAAGGGGACACUCACAAUCAUAGAACAGUUCCUCUUCAAAAUCUGCCCUGAAAAGAAAGGAUCCCUCCCUGACUCCAUCCAAGUCAGAUGAGUCUUCGUACAUGGGUCCAGAUAGACUUAGGUCUGGGUAAACCUCCUCUAAAGAAUGUGAUGCUCCAUGACAUGUGAUACCAAUCUCAGUGUCGACAUAUAAUCCAAAGGACUGGCAACCACUACCUUCAACAUCCAGAUCAGACUCUGUGCCAGUACCAACACAGCCCCAGAAGGAUCCAAUGUCCACUAAAACCAAUACUCCCUACACACUAAGAAGAUCUGAGACCUAUGUCUCCCCGGAGGACAUUUUUACCCUUUCUUAUCCUCAGUUCCCUGUCCCCUCGGGACCUUAUUUAGAGAUAUUGUCACACCGAAGAAGAAACCACAUCAAGAACACAGAGCGAACCUGAGUACCCAUCCAUCGGUACCGACAGUUGUAAUGGUCGAUUGGGAACCAACCCUCUCAUUGAAUGAGUUGGAGGCCCCAGAUGAACCUCUAUCCCUACAAUAGGCAGGCGAGUCCAGACAGAAGCUCCAGGAGAUUGGGGUUCAGUCCUGUGCCAAGAUAGGACUUUCCAAGGGCCUGAUGGUUCUCAAUGCUAUGGAGUCGGCCCCAACCUAUUGUCCCCUCACAUUGGCCUUACUGGGGCCUCUGGGGUCCUUACUUUAGGCACCCUGGAUCCAUGCAUGAACGUUAUCUAUCCUAACCAACACCAAUGGCUCCAUCAGAGUAUGACGAGAAGAAAGUUGAUCUGGAUCUGAUGGUUCCAGCGGUCAUCUCUUUGUUCUCCCCAGAUGAGGCUGUCACCCUGUCUUCACCAUCUCUCCCUGAUGAUCACAGGCA